UCAUAGUAACAUUUUACAAUUAGGAAAUUAGAGUGAUUGGUUGAUGAGAUAGUUAAAUUUAUUAUUAAUCAUUUAUCAAUCUUAUUAAUUAUUUGUAUACAUUGUAAAUUUGAUGAUUCCGUAUUUAUAGAAAAGGAAAUAAUAAUGAACAAAUGAAAUAAUAUUAUCUACUAUGCAAUUAAUGUCUGUUCGAUAAUAACGAUAUGUUAUAUCUGAUAAUAUGUUUGAGAGUGAUAAUUUCGACUUUGAUGAGGAAUUUCUGAAGGAUGUUGAUUGGAAGGAAACCGAAUAUUGUUCCCAAGGUAGACAGAAUCAAGAAGAAAAUAUUGCAAAGAAACCUAAAUAUGAUAUUCAAUCUACCAAAUCUACAAAUUUUCCACAAGCAAGAAAAGAUUUACUCUUAGGAAUAUUAGAGGGACCACAAAAUUGUAAAAAAAGUUUCCAAAAGAAAGCCCAUGCAGUUCAGCCUUUAAGCACAAAACAGUUAAAAAACUUCUCAGAAGAAAACCCUGCCAAAGAGAAGAUAUCUUCAAGGAAAACUCUUAUAUUGGAUAUAUUUAAAAAAGGUCCUUCGACUGCAAAAAAAUUAUUGCAUAACAAAUCAGACUCACUACAAUUGACACCCAAUGAUGGAGAAAAGCAGACUAAAACGAUUAGUUCUAUAGGCAAAAAUGUAGAGCUAAAAAGUCCUAUUGAAAAGUUGUCGCUAGUUCGCAAAUUCCCAGGACCAGCAGGCUUAAUACCUGACUCUGCGGACGAAGUAGUUCUUCCCGUGUCUUAUUUAAAUUCCAUGGAUGAGAAUGAGAAUGAGAAUGAGCAUGAAAAAUCAAAGACUUCAGACUUCUGCUCGCAAAAUACAAAAAUUCUUUUCUCAGAAGGAGCUUGGAAAUUAAUGAUGGAUGAUAUUCCUAGAGACUACCUUGAAGGUCAUAAUAUAUCACUGAUUAAGCAAAAGGCUAGAGCAAAGUGUUUUACCAAUGGAAAAAUCCCAAUAUUGGCAGCUGUCAUACAGCAUAUAGACUACAGUUCUGAAAAUCCACGCGUUGUUUUAAAAGAUUUCACGGAUGCGAUCGAGGGAGUUAUUCAUCAAAGUAUACUAUCGAAGUACCCUAAUAUUCUUAGAGCUGGAGUAGUCUUGUUAUUAAAUGAUGUUGGAUUCUUAAUGACUGGAACAUGGAACACAUGUCUGGUUAUGAUUUCUCUGCGUUGUAUAGUAAACAUCUUUUCAAAUAUAGAUAAGAUAGAAAUUUCUACAAACUCACCUAAUUCAAAGACAAUGAAAUCAAAUGAAUCUGAGGAAUUAUUUGAUCAAAAUCCAUAUGAAACCAGCAAUUUGGAUAUUGAAGGCAGUAAAAUAUUUACCUGGGAUGAAGAUGAGAAAAUUGAAGAAACCACAAAAGAAAGUGACAUACUAUGCAAACAAACAAUUGUAAAUACCUCAGCACCACAACAAAAACCUAUAUCAAUUAGAUCAAAGCUAUUAGAGUUUCGCAGCAAAGACGCUAUAACACCACCAGCCACAAAAGAAUCAGAACGUACAUCCAGCAGUGCUCUUUCGGAAGAAAACAAGAGUCCCAAUGAGAGCUCAAAAUCGCCUCAUGAAGAUUGGGCCACUAACUUGAUGAAUGACAGUGAAAAUGAUUCGGAUGAUGAAUUACUCUCACAAUUAGAUGUGGACUCCAUUGUGUCAAAUUUUAAUGACCUUAAUCACCUCGCGAGUCUCUCAAGAAACUAACAGUAACAAUAAAAUUACAAAACAUGUGAUACUAGUUCAAAAUAUUCUAUACUUCAUCAUUAGUUCAAUGAGUUAAGUAAUAUAGUAUAUAAUGUCAACCUUAAUUUAAAGUAAAAAUAAGAGAUAAGGUUGUACAGUACGUUUCAGUACAAAUGAUAUUUGUAUCAGGGAUACAUGACAUUGGUCAAAAAUAUACAAUUGCCAAAACAGA